UAGCUGCCAAUCAGGCUCGAGGCUGCAAAACAUGGAAGUUGCUUGCAGUUCAUACGUCUCUUUGUUUUUUUAUUUAUGUAUUAAACUGCAUUUAAAAGCAUCUUCAGUAGCCAUAAAAGAUAAUAAAAGAUCUCCAGAGCUUACAGAGUCUUUUCAGGAUCUUGCUGGAAAUGGAUUCCAUAGGAACAUCUGGUAUCAUUGGGUAGUACAAAAUGCUGAAAACAAAAGCUGCACAUUUAUGAUCAAACAGAGAAUUCCAGCUCAUAUGUACAUAGAUAUGGAUGAAAUAAAAAACUUGAUGGUAUAUAGUGGGUCAAUGGUACUUGCAGACUACCAUUUCAACACAGAGAAGCCAACUUAUGAAAGUGAUAAUCAUAUUGUAACAAUUUACCCAAAUAAAAAAAGGUAUGAUAGCAUGUCAUCAAACUUUACUAUUUCUAUGCCAGUACAUCUGAGGUACCUAAUGCCAUCUGAAAAAGGUGGGCAAGUAACCCUGUCGCUUGAGGCUGGGUCUCUGUACAGAAGAGUCACCAAAAAAGAUUCAAAAUCCAUAACCACCAGGGACCGAUGUUAUGACACUUCUAAAAGCUUUUGCGAGUGGGAAUUCUUAGGCAAGUUUUCAUUGGAUGGAGGUGGCAGGUCUUUUAUCUUACCAACCGGCAAUUUGGGUUGCACAAUGACUGUUGUCAUAACCACGAUUCUUGUGAGUUCAGCUGCAUCUUUAAUCAUUGUACUAAAAACGAUGAAGUCAUUUAUUUGAAGGAGAUUGCCAAAUAACCACACUUUUUGAACAUUAAUGAACGUUUUGAAUAAACAUUGUAAAUUGUGUUUAUAUAUAGUUAAGUUAAUUGAAAGUUAAUUGAAGGCAAUAAGAACCUUUAUGCUGUAUAUUUAUUAGAUAUCAAUUUCUUAUAAAGAUCGACCUUUACUUGUCACCGGUUUUUCUCUUACAAAAUGUGGUUUUGGAAGUUCUGCUAUUGUUCAUAGAAAGUUCGAACAAAUUUUGAUUUCCAAAUUGCAUCACAAAAGAUGUUAAGUAGUGUUUUACACGCUUGUAUUUUGGAGAAUUUCAUAGGUUAGACACGAAAUGAAUUUGUGUCGUGUUGAUUUACUUCAACCUAUGCUGCCUGGAACUUCAAACACGGUAAACGAGAUGAAAAUAAAGAUAGCUAUGUAAUAAUGGCACCGAAGCAACAACAUGCUACUGCAGACAGUUCUAGUUUAUUGAUGAGCAGGUAGGAUACCGGCAGCUUGCAGCUGAUGUGUAGUUGUAUCGAAUAGCGCUAUAAUAGAAUUGCACAUCCAGUUCAGCAGAAAGUCUCAGACCAUCAAUUUUAUUGGUGUAAAUCAUAGAAAUAAAAAAAAUGGAAUCAAUUAUGAUUCCUCAAUCAAAAUUU